UCUGUGUGUGGAUUCGACUUCGAAAGUUGAACUUGGAAGAAAAGAGAGCACGGACAACAGAGUCGCCGAAGAAGACGAACAGAGUUGAGAAGAGAGAAAGAGACAGAGAAGAUGAAGAAGGCACAGUUGGCGUUGCCUGCGGGGUUCAGAUUCCACCCCACGGACGACGAGCUGGUGAGCCAUUACCUGAUUCGCAAGUGCGCUUCGCAACCCAUCUCCGUCCCCAUCGUUGCCGAGAUCGAUCUCUACAAGUUCGACCCUUGGGACCUCCCAGAAAUGGCUCUGUACGGCGAAAAAGAAUGGUACUUCUUUUCUCCGAGGGACCGCAAGUACCCCAACGGGUCACGGCCAAACCGGGCAGCCGGAACCGGGUAUUGGAAGGCGACCGGGGCCGAUAAGCCAAUCGGCCGCCCGAAGACGCUCGGCAUAAAAAAGGCUCUAGUGUUUUACGCUGGGAAAUCUCCAAGCGGAGUGAAGACCAAUUGGAUCAUGCAUGAGUACCGCCUCGCCAAUGUCGAUCGAUCUGCCGGCAAGAAGAAGAACUCGAGGCUUGACGACUGGGUUCUAUGCCGGAUAUACAACAAGAAGCGCAUCAUAGAGAAGCAUUUCCCUUCCACGCACAAUAAACUGGCAGAGUUCCCGGAAAUGGAGACCAAGCCGCAGAUUGUCAUGCCAGCGGCGCUGAACCCUUACACAGCUCCACAAUAUGGCCAUUCGCCAAUGACAACAGAUCACAUCCACACGGACUCAUCGGAGUCGGUACCAAAGCUACACACGGAUUCUAGCUGCUCGGAGCAUGCGGUCCCGGACUCAGCAUGCGAGAAGGAAGUGCAGAGCGAGGUUAAGUGGGACGAUUUGGAGAAGGCCCUUGAUUUCCAGUUCGGUUCGAUGGAUAACUUCUUGGAAGAUGCGUUCGCGCAAGGACAGUUUCAGCUGGAUCAGUUCUCGCCUCUUCAGGACAUGUCCAUGUACUUGCAGCAGUCAUUCUGAUUAAGUCCAUUCAGGUUGCGACACAUUGAAAUUGCAUGAUCCACUGGCACGGUGAUUAAUCAAGACAAUCUGUCUUGGACUAAUUGCUCACGUGGGGCUAUAGACUAGAGUUACUCCAGGGAUUUUGCUUUGCUGGGUUUUGCCAGAGAGAGAAGCAAAACGUUGAGGUGCAUCCAGUAGCAGAGUGUUAGCAAUCUGCCUGGCUCUAAACUGGCCGAGAGAUGACCCGGCAGAAGCGCCGCAAUCUUGAGGUUUUAGGAUCGUGUUGACUAUCGUCUCAUGUAAAUAGCUGAUGAAAGUCUCUACGGAAACUAUUUGCUGUAACAUUGUACCAAAAUUGUUUCGAUUUUUUAUUUAAUGAAGAUUGUUUUAAUAUUCA